AAAAAUAAGCAUUGUUGGAUGAUUUACCCAGAAAGGAAACAAGAGGGCAGAUUGAGGUGGUGCUAAAACCUCAACAAAAUUGCAAAACCCCAAGCCUCUGCUAAUAAGAGCAAGAAUAAUGGCAACAUCGUAUCCGCUGUACAAUUGUGGGACUAGACAGAACUCGUUUCUAAUUCCUGGCAGUGGCAGUAGAACCUCUGUCUUGGGCUUGAGAUGGAGCGAAUCUCAAUUCUUCUGCAAAACCCACGCCCCUUCCUAUCGUCUUGGUAUCAUCAAGAGGAAAUGCCGUCACAGCGCCGUAAUCAGGGCCGCCGCCUCUGGCUCCGAUUAUUAUUCCACUUUGAACGUCAGUCGUGGUGCCACUUUGCAAGAGAUUAAGACCUCUUACAGGAGUCUUGCUCGCAAGUAUCAUCCAGAUAUAAAUAAGACUCCUGGUGCAGAAGAGAAGUUCAAAGAGAUAAGUGCUGCAUAUGAGGUCCUAUCAGAUAAUGAGAAAAGAUCUUUAUAUGAUCGCUUCGGUGAGGCAGGUUUACAAGGAGAAUAUGAUGGAUCAGGUGAUUAUUCAGCAGCGGUUGAUCCAUUCGAAGUGUAUAAUGCAUUCUUUGGUGGUUCCGAUGGGUUCUUCGGUGGAAUGGGUGAACCAGGAGGCUUUAACUUCAAUUUGAGAAAUAAUGGAAGCAACGAUCUUGACAUUUGGUAUGAACUUCAUUUGAACUUUGAAGAAUCUAUUUUUGGAGGAGAGCGUGAAAUUAUGGUAUCCUAUCUUGAAACAUGUAAUGAUUGCGGCGCAACAGGUGCUAAAACUAGUAGUUGCAUAAAAUCAUGUACUGAUUGUGGAGGUAAAGGAGGGUCAACGAAAUCCAAAAGGACUCCAUUUGGAGUGGCAAUAGAGGUUUCUACUUGCUCAAGCUGUGGUGGCAAGGGCAAGAUAAUCACUGACAAAUGUCGAAGAUGUAGUGGCUGCUGUAAAGUAAAAGUAAAACGGAGUAUGAGAAUAAUCAUACCCCCUGGUGUUGCUGAUGGUUUCACAAAGCGAAUACGUGGAGAAGGCAAUGUUGAUAAGAAAAGGGGAUUUGCUGGUGACCUCUUUGUAGUCCUCCGUAUAGGAGUAAAGCAAGGAAUUUGGAGGGACGGUCUCAAUCUUUACUCAAAGAUCAAUGUUGACUACACCGAGGCAAUACUCGGGACAGUGGUGAAGGUAGAAACUGUUGAAGGUAUUAAAGAUCUUCGAAUCCCCUGUGGGAUUCAGCCUGGUGAUGCAGUGAAACUUUCACGCUUGGGAGUUCCAGAUGUCAACAAACCUUCAGUUAGAGGUGAUCAUCACUUUAUUGUGAAUGUUCUGAUCCCAAAAGAUAUCAGUAACAAAGAACUCAAACUUAUUGAGGAAGUAGCUUCACUCAAAGUAUCUAAGAGAAGCUGUCCUUCUGGAAUGCAUGAAGCUGGUGAAUCCAAAGAGCGUGCUUCGAUUAAACGAACCAGCCGCGUUGCAUCAUUGUGGAACUCAGUUAAGACCUUCUUGGGGCGAAGAGAGUCCCGAGAAGGGUUUGCGUCAAUUACGGCAGACGCAUCAUCAGCGUUACUGUUGCGGUCACAUUGCAAGUCAGAUAGCAGCCUAUUAACAGUUUCAUAUUUUACGGUUUUCGUAUUUACUUUAAUUUGGACAUUGAUGCGGAGAAACAAAAACUGCUGCAUUGGGUUGAAUCAAAGAAAACACACAUCAUAGUGAUAGCAUCAACAAGUGAUUUUGGGCAGAGACUUUAUUUAUUAUAUGAUUAAUUGAGGAAUCUAAGUGCUUGUUAAAUUGCUAUUAUGCUACUAUCCCAUCUCUCGCAUAAUCCUUGAAUUCGAGUUUUGCUUAA